AUGACCGCACGAAAAGCUGCGAAAAUCUACAACUGUGCCCCCUCUACUAUUACUCGACGACUUCAAGGAGUUACAAAAUCAAAAAGGCUCUCAGGAGCAAAACAACAGCUCCUAACGCCUAUAGAGGAACAAACCAUUGUGAAAUGGGUCAUACAAUACUACCAAUGGGGACUGCCACUUGGUUUGAAGCAAAUUCGUCAAUUUGCUACUGCUAUUCUCCUCCGAAAAUACCCACAGCCACAGGGUAGUGACCACCCUCUAGGGCAGUCCUGGCACAGAAGGCUGUUGAAUCGAAAUCCUCAAAUUAAGCGUGUUGUAGCACGUGGCCUCGAUCGAAUGCGCGCUUCUGCGACUCUCAAAAUAGAGACUCUUAACGAGUAUUUCGAACUCUAUAACUCCUUACGUCAGAAGUACAAAAUUGAGGCUGAAGAUAUAUACAAUAUGGAUGAAAAAGGCUUUUGUAUAGGCGCUAUUCAAAGGUCUUAUGUAUUUAUUCUAGUCACUGAAAAAGAGGCAUUUCUACGUCAAGAUGGCGAAUAUCGACUACUUAUUCUUGAUGGUCACGAAUCGCACUGUACGCUCGAAUUCAUCGAAUUCUGCGUUGAGAAGAAGAUUAUCCUCCUUGUGCUGCCUCCGCACACUACUCACGUGCUACAACCACUUGAUGUGGCUAUAUUUCAGCCUCUUUCGAAGUACUAUAGUGUGGAGAUCGAAAAUCACUCUCGAGAGAAGCAUUAUUGGCUCGAAAAGGACGAUUUUAUCGUCUAUUAUCAAAUUGCACGCCAAAAGGCACUACGAGAGCGUAAUAUUCUCUCUGCAUGGAGGACCACAGGGCUUUUGCCCUAUGACCCACAAGUAGUAAUUUCGAAACUAUCGAACAGGGCAGUUACUCCUCCUCCCACUACUCAAAUGCAGCUUGUCGUCAAUGGAUCCCCUCUCGGGUUACUCGUUGGCGCUAGUGACGAUUAUAUCGCUAAGGCCACUCAAGCUAUCAAAGAUAGUAUGAUAGGGAGCCCUGCAGAGCGCACUAUCAGAACGAUUGAGUAUCUCAACGCCAAUAAUGCAAUUUUGAGCAAAACGAAUGCUCAAUUGGUGGCCACGGCCCGUACUCGUCAACAGGUCAAAAAGGGCAAGCAAACGCUUGGUAAGGCGCGGUUGCUUGACAAAGAGGCCGCAGAUGCCAAACGGGCAGAGAUAGAGGCCAAGGAGGCUGCUGAUAUAGCACACAGAGUUGCUAUGGACCAAAAGAAGAAGGAACAAAUGCUCAAAAAGGCCCAGCAAGAGGCAGAAAAGGCAGAAAAGGCAGUCCAACGCGCCAUAGCCAAGGAUAUGCGCGAAAUCAAUGUAGAAAUGGCUCGGAUGGCCAGAGUCAAUCCUAAAUUGUUUACAUAA